CCAUAUUCCAUGUACGCGAACGUGACCACUCGGCGAAGAGCAUCACGGCCUCCGUUGGUUCAUUGAGCUCUUCGCCGUCAUCUUCUAAAACCCCGCCAACAACGGCACAACGUUCAGAUUUCUGAGACGCCGUAUGAGGAGUCAUCCAAUGGCUUCAAUGGUAGCCACGGACUCUUCUCCUUCCUCUGCCGCCGCUCGUCUCCUCCCUGUUCGCCUCAGGACUGACGCUUUUUCGCCCCGCCGCGUGCUCCGUAUGGUUCCUGCAUACUCCUCCCCCUCUCCUCGCUAUUUCGCCCUUCGCUCUUCUCCUUUUUCUACAUCUCCUGUGGUUCCCACCGCUGCCAUGGCUACUGAGGCUUCAGCCGAGGUGAUUGAUGGGAAAGCACUGGCAAAGCAAAUCAGAGAUGAAAUAACAGAUGAAGUUUCCAGGAUGAAAGAAGCCAUUGGUGUGAUUCCGGGGUUAGCUGUAAUCGUUGUUGGAGAAAGAAAGGACUCUGCAACUUAUGUGCGGAAUAAGAAGAAGGCUUGUGAAUCUGUGGGAAUAAAUUCUUUUGAAGUUCAUUUGCCUGAGGAUACAACAGACCAAGAAGUGCUAACACAUAUUUCAGGCUUCAAUGAUGAUCCCUCAAUUCACGGAAUUCUUGUUCAGUUACCUUUACCUUCGCAUAUAAAUGAGCAGAAUGUCUUGAAUGCCGUUAGAAUUGAGAAGGAUGUGGAUGGUUUUCACCCACUAAAUAUUGGCCGCCUUGCCAUGCGUGGUAGAGAACCCCUGUUUGUUCCAUGUACACCCAAGGGAUGCAUAGAGCUAUUGCACAGAUAUGGUGUUUCUAUGAAAGGAAAGAGAGCUGUUGUGAUUGGUCGGAGCAAUAUUGUAGGAAUGCCUGCUGCUCUCUUACUCCAAAGGGAAGAUGCUACCGUCAGUGUUGUCCACUCCAGAACCAAUAAUCCUGAGGAGAUCACCAGACAGGCAGAUAUAAUAAUCUCUGCUGUUGGACAGCCAAACAUGGUGAGGGGAAACUGGAUUAAACCGGGUGCGGUUAUUAUUGACGUUGGAAUCAACCCAGUAGAUGAUCCAAAUAGCCCUCGAGGUUACAGGUUGGUUGGAGAUGUUUGCUAUGAAGAAGCCUGCAAAGUAGCCUCAGCUAUUACCCCAGUUCCUGGAGGAGUUGGUCCUAUGACCAUAGCUAUGCUUCUCCAGAAUACCCUCAUCUCUGCAAAGAGGAUUCAUAACUUUAAUUAAUUUAUAUGUUCGAUCAUAUCCUGGCCGGAGGAUGUAUAACGUGCUGGGUCGCCAACUUGUGUUCGGGAGGUUUUGCCUUUUGCCCUAUCUUGGUUCUUAUGCAUUGCGCAUUAAGUCAGCAAAAUAUAUAUUUUUCUUCAUGACUUGGUUAUUUUCUCAAGCAAUAGAGUAGCAAUAUAACAUUAACCAUCCCUCGUAUAAAGGCAUUUUAUGAUGCAAACUUGUCUUCCCAGUCGAGUGGGAGAUUAAUGACCAAGGGAGGAAAUCUGGUUAUACAUGGCAAUGCCUUUUUAAGACAGCAAGCGUUGCUUGUGUGAUUUAUAUGAUAAAGUUUGAAUUGAUAAACCCAAUUUUGAUUGUA